AUGUCCAUCACCGCCAUCACCAUCCUCACCUCCUACGAAACGCAUCCCAUGCAACCCAUCAAGUUAUCUCAUCAUCCCCCAGGAUCCCCCACCGCAACCCCCGUCAUCAUCGUCACCGAUAGCCGACACGAAAAGCGCAAUGCGUUCACCGGCACAAUGGCCACCGAGCUGGAAUGGGCCUUCACGACCCUCGACCGCGACGAGCGCGUCAAAGUCAUCAUCGUGACCGGCGCAGGCGACACCUUCUGCGCGGGCGCCGACUUGGACAUCGGGUUCCUCGAGAACAAGCAGGAAAGACCCAUUGACCAUCGUGAUAGCUGCGGAAGAGUCGCCCUAGCCAUCCACAGAUGCCGCAAAACCACCAUUGUCGCCAUGCAAGGCUCCGCUGUUGGAGUCGGCAUGACCAUGACUCUGCUGGCGACGAUCAGACUGGCACACCAAGGCAACAAAUACGGCUUCGUCUUUGCCCGCCGCGGCAUCACCAUGGAGUCCUGCUCGGCGUAUUUCCUCCCGCACCUGAUCGGAUACUCGCGAGCCAUGUACCUCGUCUCUACGGGCCAGGUUUUGAAUCCUGCUUCGAUGUACUUCAACGGCCUCUUUGCCGGGGCUUUCCCGCAGCGGAAGCAGGUCCUCGUGCGGGGGUUGGAGCUGGCGGACGAGAUCGCACAGAAUAUCAGUCCGAUGGCUGCUGUCCUGAAUCGCGCGCUGAUGUGGCGGGGCCCGGACUCGGCGGAGGAGGCGCAUUUGUUGGAUUCGAGCGUGUUGGCGCAUAUACGAAAGGCUUUCUUCCGCGCCACCUUGGAAGAGCAUGGGCCGGAAAAUUAUCCAUGGUGGGCUGAGGUCAACGUUGACCGGAAGCCGGCCGUCGCAGAGGGUCCUAAACUGUAG